AUGACCUGGAAACGGGAACCGCGAGACAGUGACCUGGAAAAGCACUCUGGGUUGGGGAGGUUGGAGCGCAGCAGUGCAGACAAAGCUGCUCCUGGAGGAAAAGGGGAAACAGAGAGGGCAGUAAAUGGCCGCUCGGCCUCGGAGGCCGGCGCGGAAGCGGACGCCGGCCGAGAGCGCAGCGGCGACCCCUGGAGACGCCGCCUCCGCCGGGGAAGAAAGUGGCGAGGCUCGCCCGGCUUUCACGAACGAGCAGGCAGCUUUGGAACUCGCGGGCCUCCAGAGCAGCUGGCUGAGUGCGACGAGGAGAACGGCGCGGGCCAGGGCGACCCCGGCGGCGAGGGCCGCGGGGAGGCGGACGGCCCAGCGCCCCUCUCCGGUCACAGCCUCGACCACGGCGGGCAGGCCGGCCUCGGCGCCGGCUCGAGCGCGCUGGGCUGGGCUGGGUUCUCGGGCUUUGUCUCCAGGUCUCCGGCCUCGUGGAGCGCGGGCUCGGGCCGGGUCGGCCAAGCCUGCGGAACGCCGGAAAGUCUCUUUCCAGCCGGCGGGGACCCGGGAAGGGUCUGGGCGAACAGGCGGCGCUGGGUUCCUCGGAUUAACUUGGAGGCGAGGACCCCGCCGGGUCCUGCAGGCCCGAGAGGGCGGGCGGAGAGCGCCGCCCUGGGCUGGGCCCCGCGGCCUCUCCAGGACCUACGACCCAGUGGGUCCGGGGAAAAGCAGCGUCUCCGCCGCUCUGACCGUGCAGCCGGAGGGAGGAUAAUUCCUCCGUCACUGGGGAGCAGGUUCUGUGUCCAGGGCCUAAGUUCUGGGAUCCUGAAAGCUCGCCCUGCUGGAGGGUACCUGUUGCUUGAAGUUGCUUGGGCAGCCUUUGGGCCCCUGCCCUAUUCACCCUUCUACCCUAGCCGAGGCCUCGGAAAGGUCAGGGAGGAGAUGGAGCUUAAAAGCGGGGGUGGGGAAGAAGAGAGGUGGCUAGGCCUAGGCGGGGUCGCAGAGCAGGUCGCAGGGAGCUCGGGUUUCCGCCGGGGCCCCGCGCGCCAGGCCGCCGGCGCUCCGCCAGCCUCGGCGGCCAGGCCUUUCCCGCUUGCUGAGAAAGGGAAAAGCGCGCGCCCCGGGCCUGCGGGCGGGAGCGGGUUCGUGCCGACGGAGAGCCGGGCCCCCGAAGGAGCCAGACUGCCCCCUGCCAGCUCUAUGAACGUGGCCCGGCGGCGCGGGCGGCAGCGGUGUUCCCGGGAAGUGGCUCGGGCGAUGGGCGGCCGAGAGCUCCGGUGGUUGCGCGGCUGCUGGGAACCCGCGGGCUGCAGAGAGAGGCAGGCCCCGCCAGUGAGGUCCAGGGUCACGCCGAGAGGCCGGAGGGGACUCCAGGAAGCCUCGAGAAGACGGCCCCGGGCCGCGGCCACUUCUCCGCGGGGAAGUGGACACCUACUUUGCGACCCGGCUUGCGCGGAGCCCCCUUCGGGGUCGCGAGCGUGGGGGUGCGUGGAUGGCACUCUGCGAUGGCUCAUCCACAGAGCUGAGGACGUGGAGGGCGAGCAGAGCUGCGGCGCCCGCGCCGGGGCGGGGGCCUGCGGGGCGGUCCUGCCUUGUGGACUCCGACUCGGGGCUGCGGGAGGCCCUGCACCGCUCGGCCGCCCGGCCCAGUCCUCCUACCUCUCCGCUCACUUUGCCGCCCCAGCUUCUCCCCUCCCCCCGCAUCCCUGUCCCCUGGCUUCUCUCUGCGACGCCUUUGCCCGAGUAAGAAAUUCAGCUGAGCGCAAUCGGAACUAUACUCCGGCAGAUACAAUCGCCGCAGCCCCCGGGGGCGCGCGCAUUGGAGAGGCGAUGCGGGUGGCGCCCAGGAGGCUGGGUGCGGGGAAGAAGGGGGCUUGGGGGGCUUGGGUCCAGACAGCGAGGCCUGGCUGCCCGGGCGGGCGGGGCGGGCCGCCCGGGGCUCCGCAGCGACACGGUGGGGGCGCGGGCUCUCUGCCCUGCGGCGGCGCCGGGAAACCCCUUCCUCUGCGGCGGGUCCCUGGGGAUUCUGGGCGAGGCGAAGGCGACGUGGAUUCUCCUCCCCCUCACGCCUGCCUCUCCCACCCUCUUCCCCGAGACCUCGGAGGUGGCCGAGAAGUGGGAAGGGAGGCGGGCACACGGACAGAGAAGGCCUGGGAGCGGGAGAUCGCGAGCUGGGGGAUUCGGGGUCGGGAAGGGAGCAUCAGGGCGCGAAGGAAGGGGCCUUGGGGCGAGGAGGACCCAGAUGGAGAGGUGGUGGUGGGGAGAAGCGAGCGAGAGUCCUUUCCCUUCCGAGUGGCGCAGGGGGACCUCUUCCCCGGGGAACCCCCACCCAGCAGCUCCCAGCCUCGAGAACAAAGGGUCUGGGAGGCACGGUCGGGGUCGGGAGCGGAGGUGGAGGGAGGCAGGAAGGCAAGCGGUGGGGGCAGGGGAGGGCGCCUCCCGCAUUUCCUCUCGCGGCCCUAUGACGGAAAGCUCCCUGCAGCAAACGCCUCACGGAGGCCGCUUCAAAUCCGGGAGGGCUCGGGUUCCUUACCUAACGGUUGCCCUCCCUCCCUUCCUCCCCCAGCGUCCCCACCCCCUCUGGGGACCGAGGCCCGGGAGCUGCGAGGCCGGCAGCGGCCGCGGCGCGGGCGGAACCGCGGGGCAGCAGCGCCUCCUGCAGGUGCCGGGCGCCCCCGCAGCCGCCGCGCCGCGCCGACUCUUAAGGUGGAACCGGCCCCGUUCCCCACCCGCGCGUUCGGCUCUCCCGCAACCGUGUUCCACCGGCUGCGAGUCUCCGCGCAGAAGCGGGCCUGA